UGGUUAAGCUGUCGGGGGUGGAUUCCAUCGGUCUUGCUUAAGUUCCUUUUGCAAAAGCUCAGAAUCACAAUAAGGAAACUAACCCCAAAGAUGAGCCUCGCAUGUAAAAUCCUAGCCAGCUUCCUUCUGAUUUUCAUCCUUUCUGCCCAAGGGACAGAUAUCAUUGAGGCCCAGGGUGCCCUGAACGAAAACAUCACCCUGAACUUUCCCGACCAACAGCCUGGUAUCGUGGAUGACAUCCAGUGGUUCAAAAACGGUACCAGGAUUGCACGAGUCAAAGGAGGCAAAGUGCGUGACCAGCAAAAAGAAUACCAAGUGUUAGCCAGUGGAAUUCUGGCAAUUAAACAUCUGCAGAGAAGUGAUCACACUGACUUCAAGAUAAUCAUAUAUAACAAGGCUGGAUUCGAAAUAUUUACCAGAACAUUCAAUGUGAAGAUUCUAGAAAGGGUUUCAAAACCUGAGAUCUCCUGGAAUUGUACCGACACAACCCUGACCUGUAAGGUAACAAACGGAACUGACCCUAAAUUAGAACUGUAUCGAGGUCAGAAGUAUAUCAAAGGCGGCCAGAAGGUCAUCCAAUACAAGUGGACCACCCAAAAAAAUGCAUCAUUCAAGUGCACAGCAAAUAACGCAGUCAGUGAGGAAACCAGCGUGGCGGAACUCUUGUGUCCAGAGAAAGGUCUGGACAUCUACCUCAUCAUUGGCGUCUGUGGCGGAGGCAUACUCCUCUUCCUCUUUGUGGCACUCCUCAUUCUCUUUCACAAGAGGAGAAAAGUGCACAGAAGGAGACAUGGUGAGGAACUGGAAAUCAGAGCACACAGAGUGACCUCCGACGAAAGGGGCCAGAAGCCCCAUCAAAUUCCUGUUUCAGCUCCUCAAAAUCCAGCCUCGUCCCAACCUCCUCCACCACCCGGUCACCGUGCCAAGGCACAUGGUCAUCGUCCCCUGCCUCCCGGCCACCGCGUCCAGCACCCUCACCAGAACCAGCAGCAGAAGAGGCCUCUUCCCACCCCUGGCACACAAGCUCGGCAGCAGAAAGCCCCUCCUCUCCCCAGGCCUCGAGUCCAACCGAAAUCUCCCCGUGGGGCCUCAGAAAACUUGUAACUGUCUCCUGGCAGAGCCGUUCCCUUCCUCUGAUUAAAAGAGAUAAAAACCGUCCCUUCCCAGGAAGGCACCGUGGGAGUCCUGCACUCCGGGGCGGACGCCCGCAUGUCCACCAGCUGUGUCCUACUCAUCCCCUCCCCAGCCCGCGGGCCACCGCCACACCUGCACUCCUGUCUCGGCCACAUGGUCUAACGUCUGGAGUCUCUGGCCUCCUCCCAAAGCCCCACUGCACCAGGACGGCAGAGACAAUGCACGUGGAAUUGUUAGGAUGAUGGGCGACUGAGCACAGAACCCUGGAGCGCCCUUCGCCUGCCCGUGCAGCGUGCGGUGUUCACUGUGCUGCGUCUUGCUACGAGCGGCCUGCCUGUUCGGGAGACUCUGGGGCUUCUCAUGCACCGGGUGGACACUCGCCCGCCGUGUCGGGAGCAGGUGUGAAAUAAAAGCUUUGCCUGGGUCCCAGUGUCUACUCACUGUGGAAAGGGGCCCAACGCGCAGCCGUGGCAUAGAAGAGAGGCUGCUGCCGUGGCAGCCAGACCCAGUCUCGGCCCCCGCUCAGCGGGGCCCUGACCCUGCCAGAACAACCGGGACACGCUCCCCAGGUCUCAGCUGCAAAGCUGGCCUGACCACCUACUCGUAGGUCUGUAUAAUGAACGGAAACCUCUGUGCACAAACUUCUACAAGAGCGACCAGAAAACGUAACCCUUCGUCUCACUUCUUUGAUCAUUCAGACAUGGUCACAGUGAUCUGCAGCAUCACCCUGGGAAACAAGGAGUCCGCGAGUACCAGUGGUGCCGUGAGCCUAUCAGAUGAUGCACCAAAGGGCAGGCCAGGCCGACAGCUCUGGGGGCUUGGGCGGGUGGGGGGUGAGGGAUGGAGCAAAAAGGAAAGAGGACUCGUGGAUAUGGACAACUGUGUGGUGACUGGGGGGAGGAGGGGUAAGGGGAUACAUGGCAGUGGGAAAAGUACAAUAA